AUGACAGCCACAACUCUGAUCACCAUGAUGACUCACACGAUGAAAAGCACAGCAGCAGCCACCAUGAUGACCAUCGCUCUAGUCAUCAUGGUGGCCAUCACGAUGAUAAUCAUGAAAACCACCAUGGCACACCUCACCAUGAAGACCAUCAAACCAGCCACUAUGGUGGCCAUAGGUACAACCAUCAAGGCAAUCAUUAUAAUCGACAUUAUGAACCCAACUACAACUGGCACUAUGGUCGUCACAAUAGCCAUCAUGAAGUCCAUCACAGCAGCCACCACAAUGACCAUCAUAAGGACCACCGUGAUGACCAUCAUGGAAUGGGUCAUUAUGAUGACCACCAUGAUGGCCACCACCCUGAGACUGAGGACCAUGAGCCCCAUGAAGGGGAGCAUCCUCCGAGACGCCUUCCUUACACUAGUAAGGAAACAAGCCUGCGGGGCUCUGGACACAGCAAGAAUCCACAAGAAGCUUAAAAGUCCAAAUGCUUUCUUGCUUGAGUUUCCUAUGAGGACAAACUACAUGUAUGCCAGGAUGAAGCGGUCAGUGGUCAACGAGAUCUUUGCCUUGACCAUCUGUCUAUGGCUAAAGCCAGGUGAAGGUCCUGGCCUUGGAACGCCUAUUUCCUAUGCUGUGCCAGGGCAGGCCAAUGAGCUGGUGCUAAUGGAAUGGGGCAGCAACCCCAUGGAGCUGCUUAUUAAUGACAAGGCAGUGACGUUACCAAUAACUUUAAAAGAUGGAAAGUGGCAUCAUGUUUGUGUGACUUGGUCAACACGUGAUGGAGUCUGGGAGGCUUUCCAGGAUGGAGUGAAGAAAGGUUCCGGGCAGAACCUGUCAGCCUGGCAUUCUAUAAAACCAGGAGGGACAUUUAUAUUGGGGCAGGAACAGGACACAAUGGGAGACCGAUUCGACAUCACUCAGUCUUUCUUGGGGGAAUUGUCAGAUCUCCAGUUCUGGUCCAGAGUCUUGACAGCCAGUGAGAUUCACACACAAGCAACAUGUGGAGGCCACCUUGUUGGUGACGUCAUGUCAUGGUCUGAAGAGUUAGUGGAGCUUCAUGGAGGGCUGACCGAGCUUCCUUUUGAACCUUGCAGCUAA